AUGCUACUCCCUUUAAUUACCUUCUUGAUAAUACUAACAAGAACUUACGGUUCAUUAGACACCAUAGCUGUGAAUCAAAACAUCUCGGAUGGUAAGACUAUUAUCUCAAAGAAUGCAAUUUUUGAGCUAGGCUUCUUUAGCCUGGGCAGUUCCAAUAAUCGAUACUUAGGAAUAUGGUUUGCGGCCACAUCACCACCAACGAUUGCCUGGGUUGCUAAUCGGGAACAUCCCCUUAACGAUACCUCUGGCAUGGUCAAAUUGGACAGCCAAGGUAUCCUAUCUAUAGUAAAUGGUCGUGGCACCAUUAUGUGGUCAUCCAAUUUCUCGGCGUCUAGCCCAAACACCAAGCCCGUAGCCCAAAUAUUGGAUACUGGAAAUCUGGUGGUCAGGGAUGAAACUAAUGCCAACAUGGAAAAUUUCAUUUGGCAAAGUUUUGAUCACCCGGGCGACACCUAUUUACAACACAUGAAGCUGGGCAAGAAUUUCAUUACUGGAAAAGAAACGUAUCUGACAUCAUGGAAGAGUCCAGAUGAUCCUUCCCCAGGUGACUAUACAUUCAAGUUUUUGAUGGUUAAAGGCAAGUAUCCAGAAGUAUAUAUUAUGAAAGGUUCUAGUAUUGAAACAAGGAUCGGGCCUUAUAAUGGCAUAGCGUUUUCAGGCCAGCCAAACUAUAAACCUGACCCGGCUCAAAUUAAUGACAUUAAAAUGGUAAUCAAUCAAAACGAGAUGUAUUUUGCUUAUAGCCCGACUAGCACUACACAAUUCAUAAGAAUGGUAGCAACUCCUGGAGGGAAAUUUGAUAUUUUCGUACUAAGUUUACCAAACACAGAAUGGUUUCAGAGUCUCACUUAUCCUAUAGAUUAUUGUGACAACUUUGGACUAUGCGGACCGUAUGGAACCUGCAGUACUGCAACUAGUCCUAAUUGUGGGUGCUUGAAAGGAUUCGAACGAAGUAGUACUGAUAAUAAUACUAGUGGUUGUCGUCGUUGGAGUACAGAGUUGGACUGUGGGCCUGGAGAAGGCUUUUUAAAGGUUUCAAGUAUAAAAUUGCCAGACACACAGAAUGCCGUGGAGUUGGAUGCCUGA